AUGGCGGACGAUAGCUUUGUGCGAGACGAUGAUAAUGUUGAGGAGGAAGAUGAAGUCGACGAGAUCAGUUUUCGUGCCGUCAAAGAUGCGGUUCUCUUCGCGAUUGAUGUGAGCAGCUCCAUGCUGACGCCACGUCCAUCCGAGGACCCUAAACACCCAGGUCAAGUAUCUCCGGCCUCAGCGGCUCUCAAGUGCGCAUAUCAUUUGAUGCAGCAGCGUAUCAUAUCAAACCCCAGCGACAUGAUCGGAGUUCUGCUGUAUGGAACCGAAUCAUCAAAGUUCUAUGAUGAAGACGGAACUGCUGCCAGCGAUCUGUCAUAUCCACACUGUUACUUGUUCACUGAUCUCGAUAUUCCGUCCGCGGAAGAGGUCAAGAGUCUGCGAGCUUUAGCCGAAGAUGAGGAAGGCUCCCGCAGUAUUCUGAAGCCUUCAAGCGAAAGUGUUUCAAUGGCGAAUGUCCUGUUCUGUGCCAAUCAGAUAUUCACUUCAAAGGCGCCAAACUUCCUUUCUAGACGUCUUUUCAUCGUCACUGAUGACGAUAACCCACACCAAGAUAAAAAGUCGCUGAGAUCCGCAGCAACCGUUCGGGCGAGGGAUCUCUACGACCUGGGAGUUAAUAUCGAGUUGUUUCCAAUUUCUGGACCGGAUCAUGACUUCGAUACCUCUAAGUUCUAUGAUGACAUCAUCUACAAAGCUUCUCCCCGCGAUGGUGAAGCUCCUACCUAUUUGCGCCCAGACAUUCAUGCGUCAACUGGUAAAGGUGACGGAAUUUCUUUGCUUAAUUCAUUGCUGUCGAGUAUCCAUUCCCGGGCCGUACCACGACGUUCGCUCUUCUCCAAUGUCCCUCUUGAGAUAGGACCCAACUUUAAGAUAUCUGUCAACGGCUACCUUCUUCUCAAAAAGCAAGAGCCAGCUCGCAGCUGCUACGUUUGGCUUGGCGGGGAAAAACCUCAAAUCGUCAAGGGCAUCACAACAUACAUGGCAGAUGAUACAGCCCAAACGGUGGAAAAGGCAGAGAUCCGCAAAGCUUACAAGUUCGGCGGCGAACAAGUUACAUUCACACCCGAGGAAUUGCAAGGAUUGAGGAAUUUUGGAGAGCCUGUCAUUCGGAUCAUUGGGUUUAAGCCCUUGUCCACCUUACCCAUUUGGGCCAAUGUCAAGCACCCUUCCUUUAUUUACCCGUGCGAAGAUGACUUUGUUGGAUCCACGCGUGUUUUCUCCGCCUUGCAUCAGAAAUUAUUGAAAGAUGAGAAGAUGGCUCUUGUCUGGUUCAUUCCUCGCAAGAAUUCUGCGCCAGUCGUUGCGGCGAUGAUUGCCGGCGAAGAGAAGCUUGAUGAGAAUAGCGUACAAAAGGUUCCACCGGGCAUGUGGCUCAUCCCAUUACCUUUUGCAGAUGAUGUGCGACAAAACCCCCCUUCCGUGUUGAGUGUGUCGCCAGACCAUUUGACGGACGCAAUGCGUCAAGUGAUUGGCCAGCUACAACUCCCCAAGGGUACCUAUGAUCCUCAGAAGUACCCAAAUCCAGCACUUCAAUGGCAUUACCGCAUUCUACAAGCUUUGGCUCUCGACGAGGAUCACCCGGGCGAGGCGGAAGACAAAACGAAGCCAAAAUACCGGCAAAUUGACAAGCGUGCUGGCGACUACGUUCUUGAGUGGUCUCGGUUACUUGAUGCUGCAUAUGACAAAAUGUAUGGGAGACCAGCCGCGACUACUACAUCUACCCGAGUAAAACGUGACGCACCAGGCGUGGGCGAAAGUGCAGGUCAACCUCUGGUCAAACGGAUCAAGGCUGAAACAGAGGAUCCCGAUGAGAAAAUCGCACGAUUGUACGAAACCGGCGGUUUGUCCAAGGUCACCCGUGCGGUUCUCAAGGACUUUCUCGACGCACAUGGCCUUGCAGCGGCUGGAAAAAAGGACGAUCUUGUGGAACAAGUCGAGGCAUACUUUGAGAGGAAACACCGCUCGCGGCCCGGGAGAUUGUAA